AUGCAGUCCUCACCCAAUAUGCUCACAAAGUUCGAGUCCAAAUCCUCAAGAGCAAAAGGCAUUGCUUUCCACCCAAAGAGACCUUGGAUACUGGUCUCCUUACAUUCCUCCACGAUUCAGCUAUGGGACUACCGGAUGGGUACCCUGAUAGAUCGGUUCGAGGAGCAUGAUGGACCCGUCAGAGGCAUAGACUUCCACAAGACACAACCGCUAUUCGUAUCUGGGGGGGACGAUUACAAGAUCAAGGUCUGGUCGUAUCAGAGCCGAAGAUGUCUCUUCACCUUGAAUGGCCAUUUGGACUACGUUCGGACUGUCUUUUUCCACCAUGAACUUCCUUGGAUACUGUCAAGCUCGGACGACCAAACAAUCCGGAUAUGGAAUUGGCAGAACAGGUCUCUGAUCUGUACGAUGACAGGGCAUAACCACUACACCAUGUGCGCCCAAUUCCACCCCAAGGAUGAUCUCAUCGUCUCUGCUUCAUUGGAUCAAUCAGUGCGAGUUUGGGACAUCUCGGGGCUACGCAAAAAGCAAUCUGCUCCCACAUCUUUGACCUUCGAAGACCAAAUGGCUCGCGCCAAUUCGAACCAAGCGGACAUGUUCGGUAAUACAGAUGCGGUGGUCAAGUUUGUUCUAGAGGGCCAUGACAGAGGCGUGAACUGGGUCGCAUUUCACCCAACUUUGCCAUUGAUCGUCUCCUCGGGCGAUGAUCGACUCGUCAAGCUGUGGAGAAUGAGCGAAACCAAGGCUUGGGAAGUGGACACCUGUCGCGGUCAUUUCCAGAACUCUUCAGCUUGUCUGUUCCAUCCUCACCAGGACCUCAUUCUUUCAGUUGGCGAAGACAAAACAAUUCGGGUCUGGGACUUGAACAAGCGGACAUCUGUCCAGUCGUUUAAGCGCGAGAACGAUCGAUUCUGGGUUAUCGCAGCUCAUCCCGAGAUAAACCUGUUCGCUGCUGGACAUGACAAUGGAGUCAUGGUUUUCAAGCUGGAAAGAGAGAGGCCUGCCUCUGCCAAUUAUCAAAAUCAGCUAUUCUACAUCACGAAAGAGAAGUUCGUACGCUCGUACGACUUCUCGAAGAACGCCGAGUCCCCUGCGAUCUUGUCUCUCCGGAAAUUCGGCAGUCCAUGGGUACCACCUAGGACUCUUUCCUAUAAUCCAGCCGAGCGAGCCGUACUCGUGACGUCCCCUAUUGACAAUGGUACUUACGAGCUGAUCCCUCUCCCUCGUGAUGCAUCUGGAGCGAUUGAGCCCACAGAUUUUAAGAAGGGCCAAGGCAAUUCUGCUAUAUUCGUGGCACGCAAUCGAUUCGCAGUGUUCACCCAGUCAAGUCAGCAAGUGGACAUCAAAGAUCUCACAAAUUCGACGACGAAAACCAUCAAGCCACCUCCAGGGACCACGGAUGUAUUUUUCGGGGGGACUGGAUGCAUUCUUUUGGUUACUGCUACAUCUGUGGUUCUUUACGAUAUUCAGCAAAAGAAGCAGCUUUCUGAGCUAGCAGUCGCUGGGGUCAAAUACGUUGUCUGGUCGAGCGAUGGGCUUUACGCAGCUCUACUUAGCAAGCAUAACGUCACGAUUGUUACGAAGUCUUUAGAGCAAGUCAGUACGCUUCACGAGACGAUCCGAAUCAAAUCUGCAGCAUGGGAUGACGCCGGCGUACUUCUAUACUCGACCCUUAAUCAUAUCAAAUACACAUUACUCAAUGGAGACAAUGGCAUUGUCAGAACACUCGACCAGACCGUGUACCUAGUGCGAGUCAAAGCUCGAAGUGUAUACUGCUUGGAUCGGGCCUCAAAACCGAAAGUGCUAGACGUUGACCCCACGGAAUAUCGUUUCAAACUUGCUCUUGUCAAGCGAAACUACGAAGAGAUGCUGCAGAUUAUUAAAACAUCGAGUCUUGUCGGUCAAAGCAUCAUCUCGUACCUGCAGAAGAAGGGGUACCCAGAGAUUGCUCUCCAAUUUGUGCAAGACCCUCAGACCAGAUUUGAGCUUGCUAUAGAGUGCGGCAACCUUGAUGUCGCUGUGGAAAUGGCUAAGCAGCUUGACCGACCCAAGCUUUGGACCCGACUGGGUACUGAGGCCCUGGCGCACGGAAAUCACACGAUCGUGGAAAUGACUUACCAGAAACUUCGGCAAUUUGACAAAUUGUCCUUCCUAUAUCUUUCAACGGGCGACGGAGAGAAGCUUGCCCGAAUGGCCAAGAUCGCGGAGCACCGUGGUGACUUCCAAUCGCGCUUCCAAAAUGCUUUGUAUCUGGGAGACGUCGAAGCCCGGGUUCAAAUGCUUCAGGACCUCGACCUAUACCCUCUGGCAUAUGCGACAGCCAAAGCCGCUGGACUUGAGGACGAAUGCCAAACAAUGCUUGAGGCUAGUGGGCUGACGGAAGAUCAAAUCUCUCUGCCUACGAUGGGCAAGCCAUUGAAACCACCAAGACCUAUUGUUCACACACACAAAGCCAACUGGCCGGUGAAAGCAGCCUCCCAUUCCAACUAG